GGAAUCAGCUGACUGGUCUGGACAGCGCCAGGUGUUUUUUCUUUUUUAUUAUUUUUUUUAAUAAUUUUCCUUCUCCAUCCGUAGGAGGAGCAGGCGGCGGCAGCAGCAGCGGCACAGCGGAGGAAUAUCAGGGCGACAAACCGGACGGUGGUGGGUUGUAGGCAGCAGGUUGGAGAUCUCUGUGCAGACCGCACCAUGCCUCUUUCCGAGGCGCCCUGUGACUGAUCGGAUACACAAGCGACAAAUCGUUGUAAACGUCCGCCAGCUGAACCCCUUAGGAUACAGGAAUAUGUGUUCUUACGCUAUUUGAUAAGACCGUUCACUUUGCAUUAUAGCAUUGAUCUUAUUUAUUGUUGUGUAUUGACGCGUAUAUCUGGAUAAAGGACCUGUGCGCUUGGAAACAUCGGACUGGAAUGCCAACAAGAUUACUCUGGGGCUCCAAGAUCUUGAUGUAAAAUUCUACCCUCUGCUUCAACUCCUGACCAUUUCACUGGACUGGAAGACCUACAGUAAUCAGCGGAAAGUCUGGUUGAUGACUGUAACACACUCUCUCCCCAAAUCAUCUGCCCCUCCUCCUGUCCUACACCAGCAUGGCUAGACGGAGGUUAGACGGCUUACCUCUAGGCCAGGUAUAUGCUGGCCUGAUGCUGGUAUCGAUAGGACUAUCCUUCGUCCAGAGCAAUGAGUGCCCUCAGCUGUGUGUAUGCGAGAUCCGGCCAUGGUUUACCCCUCAGUCCACCUACAGAGAAGCCAUCACUGUGGACUGCAAUGACCUUCGCUUAACACGCAUCCCAGGAAACCUCUCCAGUGACACUCAGGUUCUCCUCCUACAGAGCAACUACAUUGCCAAGACCGAUGACGAGCUGGAGCAGCUUUUCAACCUGACUGAGCUAGACUUGUCCCAGAACAACUUCAGUAGCAUUCGAGAUGUUGGCCUUACCAAUAUGUCCCAGCUCACCACACUUCAUCUGGAGGAGAAUCAGAUCAUGGAAAUGCCAGAUUACUGUCUGCAGGACCUCAGCAACCUGCAGGAGCUCUACAUCAACCACAAUCAGCUCAACACUAUCUCUGCCAAUGCCUUCUUUGGUCUCCACGACCUGCUCAGGCUUCACCUAAACUCCAACAAGCUCAAGACCAUCACCAGCCAGUGGUUUGAAUCUACGCCCAACCUAGAGAUCCUCAUGAUUGGGGAGAACCCCAUUGUUGGAAUAAUGGACUUUAAUUUCAAGCCACUGGGCAACCUUAGAAGCCUGGUUUUGGCUGGGAUGGAUUUGACAGACAUCCCUGGAAAUGCCUUUGUGGGACUUGACAAUCUUGAGAGCCUCUCUUUCUAUGACAAUAAGCUGGUCCGAGUUCCUCAGAGAGCCUUUCAGAAACUGCCUAACCUAAAGUUCUUGGAUUUGAACAAAAACCCGGUGCACAAGAUUCAGACAGGAGAUUUCAAGAACAUGCUGAGACUGAAGGAGCUGGGUAUAAACAACAUGGGAGAGCUGGUUUCUAUUGACCAGUACGCUCUGGACAAUCUGCCUGAGCUCACAAAGCUGGAGGCUACAAACAACCCCAAGUUCUCUUACAUCAACCGUCAGGCCUUUCGUGAUGUCCCAGCCUUGGAGAGUCUAAUGCUGAACAACAACGCCCUGAAUGCCCUGUAUCAGUCCACGGUGGACUCUCUGCCCAACUUGCGUGAGAUUAGCAUCCACAGCAAUCCUCUGCGUUGUGACUGUGUCAUACAGUGGAUGAGCUCCAACAAAACCAGUGUCCGUUUCAUGGAACCUCCAUCCAUGUUUUGUGCCAUGCCAGCAGAAGUAAGGGGUUUGCAUGUGCGGGAGGUGCUGCAGAAUAAUUUAGCAAACCAGUGCCUGCCCCUGAUUUCCCAUGAUACUUUCCCAAGCCACCUCAACCUUGACAUUGGCAUGACCUUGGACUUGGACUGCAGAGCCAUGUCCCAGCCUGAGCCUGAAAUCUACUGGGUGACACCAAUGGGGAACAAGGUAAUGAUGGACACCCUAUCUGACAAGUACAGCCUUAGCAGUGAAGGGACAUUGAGAAUUUCUCAUAUCCAAGUAGAAGACUCUGGCAGAUACACCUGUGUGGCUCAAAAUUCAGAGGGAGCUGACACAAGAGUGACAGCUAUACGGGUGAAUGGCACUCUGUUAGACAGCACUCAGCUAAUGAAGAUCUACGUCAAACAAACAGAAUCUCACUCUAUCCUGGUCUCCUGGAAAAUAAACUCCAAUGUAAUGACCUCUAACCUCAAGUGGUCAUCUGCCACCAUGAAAAUAGACAACCCACAUAUUACUUACACUGCCAGGGUACCUGUUGAUGUCCAUGAGUACAACCUUACGCAUUUACAACCAGCAACUGAGUACGAGGUGUGCCUCAGUGUCUCCAACAUCCACCAACAAACACAGAAGUCAUGCGUGAAUGUGACGACAAAGCAGGCAACCUUCGCUGUGGAAAUAUCUGACCAAGGGACUAACACUGCUCUUGCAGCAGUCAUGGGAACAAUGUUUGCAAUCAUCAGUCUGGCCUCUUUAGGAGUGUAUAUUGCCAAGAGAUGGAAGAGGAAAAACUAUCACCAUUCUCUGAAAAAGUACAUGCAGAAAACCUCGUCAAUACCGCUAAACGAGUUGUACCCUCCUCUUAUCAACUUGUGGGAAGCAGACAGUGAAAAGGAGAAAGAGGGCUCAUCCGAGACCAAACCCAGUCAGGUGGACACCACACGCAGCUAUUACAUGUGGUGAGAACUCUCCAGUGGGAGAUAUAGAGACAUGUUUCUUUCAGGAGCACAAAUAUACAUACUUGCUUCUUUGUGUAAGGGAACUAAGUCAUUUUUGCUUUCAUGUUUUCUGUUUGUUUUAUUAGUUCUCUCAAACUUGCUCUUUAAAGCAAAUGACGAACCAAGAUUUUCAGAUCUUUAGUUUAGCAUAUUGCCUUUUUACCUUUUCGCCCAUUUUGACACACAAUAUGGCAGCUUUGUUUAGCUUCCUGGACUUAGUAGUCACUGUGCUUUAUUUUUAGUACUUGUUUUAAUGAACACAGCAUGAGCAUUGUCACAGAUUCAGUACACAAGCAAAGGAAAAGUUAAAAUCAAACCUGUUUUUGACAUGUUACUAUGGCAGAACUGUUAGAGACUGCCAUCUUUCUUUCUCUUGUAAAACAGUUUCACUGUUGACUGUUGUGCACUGAAAUAUAUAUACUAAUUUGUCUAUCAACACAAAUAUAAGCUGACAAAGUAUGUUUAGACUUGAUAUACUGUCUAUUAAAUAUUGUUAGCAAUUCCUCUGUAAUGUUGUAUCAGCUAUGACUUAAAUUACUUUUUGUACAUUAACUAAUUAUAAUAACAUAAUAAGUAUGUUUGAUUUAGACUUUCAGUUUGCAGAGCAGUUACUGUAAACCAGCAAUAGAAAUAUGAAUGUUAUGAACUAGGUAAAUAGAUGUAAGGCUUUUUAAAUUUCUUAAAUAUUUCUUUUCUUAUUUUGCUAGAAUAUGUCUACAAUCACUGGUUUUGUUGUGGUUUACACACACAAACAUGUUGUUUAUUGAGGAGCAAGUUAAAUAAAAUCUUCUUUCCUCAUAUUUUUUAAACCAUGAUUUUAACACUAAGUGUCAUUUUUAGAAAACAGUACAUAUAUUAAAGCAUAUCAUAGGACCUUUAAAUAAAUAUGCUUUGGAGAAACAGACAUUUACAGGUUGAAAGUAAAGUUUGAAAAGCUUAAAUUGUUGUUGCAGGG